GGACAUUUAUGGCACAUUUGGUUCCAUACAGUACUGUCAUCUUCCUAAUGUUACUCCAUCUCUGCCUUCUCCAGGUUACCUGUACAUAGCUAUCGAAUACGCUCCCUAUGGUAACCUUCUCGACUUCCUGAGGAAGAGUAGAGUCUUGGAGACCGAUCCUGCUUUUGCCAAGGAACAUGGCACUGCUUCCACCCUCACCUCCCAGCAGCUGCUGCAGUUUGCUGUAGACGUGGCAACAGGGAUGCACUACCUAAGUGACAAACAGUUCAUCCACAGGGAUUUGGCAGCCAGGAAUGUCCUUGUUGGGGAUAACCUUGUGGCAAAGAUAGCAGACUUUGGCCUGUCCCGCGGUGAGGAAGUUUAUGUUAAGAAGACAAUGGGGAGGCUGCCUGUACGCUGGAUGGCCAUUGAGUCCCUGAACUACAGUGUGUAUACGACCAAGAGUGAUGUGUGGUCUUUUGGUGUUCUUCUCUGGGAAAUUGUAAGCUUAGGUGGCACACCAUAUUGUGGGAUGACAUGUGCUGAGCUUUAUGAAAAACUGCCACAAGGCUACAGGAUGGAGAAACCCAAAAACUGUGACGAUGAGGUUUAUGAGCUGAUGAAGCAGUGCUGGAGGGAUCGGCCCUAUGAGAGACCCCCCUUCUCCCAAAUCUCUGUCCAGCUCAACAGGAUGCAGGAGGCAAGGAAGGCUUAUGUGAACAUGGCUCUCUUUGAGAACUUCACCUACGCUGGGAUAGACGCCACAGCCGAGGAGGCCUGACUACCAGUCCCCCCAGACCCUAGCAUGCCACAUAGCCCCAUGAGGAAGUCCCGAGGAUGGUCGCCACGUUACUGCCACCUUCCUGCCUCUCAACGCCGAGACAGGAGGACCAGGCGCUCUACCAAAGCCACCCAGCUAUAGAUGGAGAACUGUGAAAGGACACUGUGUGGAGGUAUCAGAGACGUUAGAGAUGUGGAGUAUUGCUGGGCCUUGGAUGGAGAAAUGUGAUUGCCACUGACUGGGAAAUAUUGAGCCCCUAUCGCUACAAAACGCUCCCAUGAAAACGACACAACAUUGUACCUAUUGCUCCUACAAAAGUUACAAUGCUGGACUCUUUUCUCUGAGUGUUGAGGAGAAGUGGCAAAUAAGGAGCUAUGUGACUUGCUGAAACACCACAGGGUCUGUGGGGUGUCAACGCUGGACUUAAUUUUCUCUCCAUUACUCUUUAUGGAGAAGGAAAUAUUUUCAUUAAGAUGAAAUUUAAAGGACACAGUGUGGAUCAUAAACAUUCAAGCUCUCAGACUUAAAAAAGGAUGAAAGACACAUACAAUGUAGCACUUAAAACCAGCCUCAUUCAUGCCAUCUGUGUCUUUUACUGUUUGCCUAUCACUGCCAUGUGAAUGUAACUAUUGUAUGUAUUUUGUCUCUUUUUAAAGGUCAAGUAGAUAUAUCAAAGACUUCUAUUCGAAUGUAGUUACAGACCGAUAUAAAUGCAAUCAUGGUAGAUUCACCAUGUGUUGCAUGCAAAGCUCCACCACAAGUUGUUUGGAAAAUGCUACUAAUACAGAGCAGAUUCACAGCCAGUGUACUCGCUAUUAGUUACCUUUAACGCUAUGAAACCUAACACAAUGUAUGGUAAUAUAUCCAUUAUAGGAGAAUGUACAGUGUGUUUUCAUUAACUGAUUCCUUAAAUAAAGGUUUUGCGUGGUGACUGGACUCAUCACUGCAAGCAAUUGGUCCAUUUGCAUAAGUCCA